AUGCGUAUUCGCCUACAGUCUCGCAGGAGACCACAAGGUAAGCGACCCCCAGGUAAGCUGAAUGUUGCUUUGUUGUCUUUGCCUGCUCACCGUCUUCAUUUCAGAAAUGAGCUAGCUCAAAGGCUAGACAACCUUCCAAUCGCUGCCGCCGACGACGCCGCCGCCGCUGCCGAGAACGCCUCCGUGGAGAACCGCUGGUGUCAACUGCGAGACACGGUCCAGUCGACGGCGCUCGCCGCCCAUGGUCGCGCUCCCCGUCAACACCAGGACUGGUUCGACGACAACGACGCCGCCACCAGAAAUCUGCUUGCUGAGAAGAACCGCCUACACAAAGCCUACGUAGAUCACCCCACUGAUGCCACCAAAGCUGCCUUCUACCGUAGUCGCCGCCAACUUCAGCAACGUCUGCGCGAGAUGCAGGACGCCUGGACUGCUCGCAAAACUGAGGAGCUCCAAGGCUACGCGGACUGGAACGAAUGGAAGAACUUCUUCUCCGCGAUCAAAGCUGUCUACGGUCCGCCGACGAGGGGCACUGCUCCUCUCCUCAGCGCGGACGGCAGCACUCUCCUGACUGAGAAGACGUAA